CUCUCAUCAAACAUCAAAACAUCAACAACCGAGCAUCCUAUCUAAGAAACCAGUCAAUUGUCACUUAUCCAAGCUCAUCAAGUAUUUUGUAACAUUUUAUCUCAGCUUCAAUACCACUUUUCAGCGAAGGAAAGGCGUUUCCAGCGAGCCAAGACCCCUCAACCCAGGAGACAGCUCCGAACCACCACCAGCACUAAAGCAUCAUGAAUCAAAGCAUCCAGUUCCUCAAACCGGACGGUACGCCCUCACGGGCGUUAUACUGCCAAUCCGAGGACCCUUUAGAAUGGCACGAAGUCAUCCCUCCGUCCCGCAAAAAGACUCUAAAAGCUCUCAUCCUGGAUCACCGCACCUGGGAAGCUCUGAGAAAGGGCGAUCUGAAUGAUUUAUUUAUUUUGCUGCCAUCUUUACAAGAGCUUAUUUUGCCGAUUUAUGAUUGGGGUGAUAUGGAUACCUACAUAGGAACCAUGCAAUUCACAAAGCUGAAUAAAGACCGCAUCGUCUACAUCAGCGGUUCUCUAAACAUCCCGACGCUCGACAAGAACGAGUACGACAGCUGGAGCGAGUGGAAGCAGGAUCUAGAAGCUGUAGGUGAAGAGAUCAUCACGCCCGGGAUGUUGGAGAAGGAGAUUAGAGAGAUUGUAAAGGCUUCGUUGGUAAGUACGGCUAUGGAGGGGAAUCUGAUUGAUGUGGAUCCUAGGGAGGUGAAGAUUACUGUUUGUGGGAUGCGGAGGGUGGAGGGGUAGUAAGUGAGAUUAUCUGAAAAUGAAACUGGUUAGAUAGUUCUUGGAUAUCAUUUUAUUGAUGUUGAACAACAAAGGGAGCUUGGAUGGAAGAGAAGGAGAGAAUAAUUCACUUCAUUCUCUAGCGUGUACUUGAGACAUCCUGCAAGUCCCGUCCGGACUCGGUCCAGAGCUCUACCACCUUCCAAAUCACACCUCCA